UGGGCGUCGCUCGCCGCGCUCCGCACAAAGUUUGUUUUCUCCCCGCGGGCCGGUGGGGGAGGAGAGGGGAUCUGACGUCAGGCCGCGAGGUGCUUUCCAGCCGCGAGCUGUCAGGCCGGGUGUCAGGCCCGGCAGGUACGCGGCGCGCGCGCCCCCCGGCCCCCGCCCGCCGCCGCGUGGACGGAACAGCCGCUCGGAGCCGAGAGGGGGACCGAGAAGGUUGCCCGGCCCAGCGUAGCCUGCGGACACCAUGUCGGACAGUGACCUGGGCGAGGACGAGGGCCUCCUCUCCCUGACCGGCAAGCGGAAGCGCCGGGGGAACCUGCCCAAAGAGUCGGUGAAGAUCCUGCGGGACUGGCUGUACUUGCACCGCUAUAACGCCUACCCCUCCGAGCAGGAGAAGCUGAGCCUCUCGGGACAGACCAACCUGUCCGUGCUGCAGAUCUGUAACUGGUUCAUCAAUGCCCGGCGGCGGCUGCUCCCAGACAUGCUUCGGAAGGACGGCAAAGACCCCAACCAGUUCACCAUCUCCCGCCGCGGGGGGAAGGCCUCCGAGGCAGCCCUGUCCCGCGGCGGCAGCCCCUCCAUGCUGGCGCUGUCCGUGCCAGCGCCUGCCAAUGUGCUCUCCUUGUCCGUGUGCUCCGUGCCGCUUCACUCGGGCCAGGGGGAGAAGCCGGCCGCUCCUUUCCCACAGGUGGAGCUGGAGCCCCCCAAGCCCCUGGCCGCCCCCAGCAGCACCCUCACCCUGCUGACCAGGGCUGACGCCGGGAGCCCCACCGGUGGACUCUUCAACACGCCGCCGCCCACCCCCCCGGAGCAGGACAAGGAGGACUUCAGCAGCUUCCAGCUGCUGGUGGAGGUGGCGCUCCAGCGGGCGGCCGAGAUGGAGCUCCAGAAGCAGCAGGACCCGGCGCUGCCCUUGCUGCACACGCCUCCCCCCUUAGUCUCCGAAAACCCCAAGUAGGCACCUGCCCCGCAGGGGCGCUCGAGGCCUGAGCCAGCUGUCCCGGGGCUCCACGCUGGCUCCCCCUCGCGCGGAGGGUUUUCUUUGGAUCACUGCCGAACACUGGGGUCGCCGCCUCCGCCAGAGGUCUUUGGCGGGGAGACGGCAGCUGGUGGCACUGCACCGUGAUGAGGUGCGCCCCCUCCCCGCCCCCCUCCCGCCCCGCGUUUCUCCAGGCCGCCUCAGUGAGGAGACCGAGAGACGGGAGGCGGGCUGGGUGCUGCCGCCGCUGUUCCUCCAGAGAUCCCAGCACAUCUUCAUACCACCCUGCUUCCUGGGCUGGGCACACGGAACCUGUCCUGGGUCCAGGCUGCCCCUGAGCCGGUGCUCACAGUGUCACGCCCGAGUCCGGAGAGUCCAAGUUCAUCUGCGUGAACAGAAGAGAACCUUGGCGGACAGAACAGAACUGACUCCAAUUGAAUGUUUAGGUUUUCACUAAACUUUGAGUUGAUUGUCCUCUUUUGCUGUGGUUUGGAUCAAUGGGAGGCACGAGCCCAGGCAGGCGUGGGGAAGCGCGUGCGGCGGGUGACGGAGUCCGACAGACUGGGGGCGACCCUCCACUGCCGCGGUGGGCUUUGCUUGAGAAGGGAUGUUUGUGUUUGGGGGACCAGCAGAUCUCUGCAAAAUUCCAAAUGGUUCUUUUAUUGUUGGGUUUGGUUUACAAAAGAAGAAGGAAAAAAAACUUGUAUGGGCUUUGGCUUUUCUGUAUCAGACACAGAAGGGGAAGCCAGAGCCAGGGAGUGGGUCCAAGCAGAGAAUCGGACCAAACCGUCUAGGCACAGAGCAGAAAGGAGAAAACCAGAGUUGUUUCCUUUUUUAGUUUCUUUUUUUUUUUUUUAAGCUGUAUUUGGGAGUAGGGGGAAAGUAAGCUAGACUGAGGCAGUGGGUGUUUUUGUUUUCCCUCUUUUUCCCCCCACCUCACCCCUGUUUAUUUCUUUUCUUUUUUUCUCUGAACCGUUUACCCUGCAGCCUCUGCUUUCCUUUAGGAGCUUGGGUUUAGUGGGCCAGUAAGUCACGUGCUCCCAGCGGCUCUUGUUGGGAGAGGACAGAGCCACCUACUGGCCAGAAGUCCCCAGCCGGGGACUCCAGCCCUGGCUCUCCCCAGGACUCGGACAGGAAACUGUUCUGGAGGAAGUGGAGAGUAGUGCUUCCCGCCCGACAGACCGCCUUCCCAGGAGGCUGGGGUCAGAAAUCCGGUUAAGGAGCAGCUUUCCUUAAAGGGGGGUUAGAGGUGCCUUCCCUGACUCCACGGGAGAAGGUAACAGUCGGUCUCGGGCUCAGUCUCAUUUCUGACUUUGCUCUCCUCCUGGACAGCAUUCCGGAGCAGCAGAGCCCAUCUCUGUAUCUUAAGAAACACUAAUCCUAGGUUCUUAUUAGCCAGAUGUUUUUGUUCUGAAUAUCAUUAGUGGGCCAUCCAGGAGACAGGUCAGGGGUCCCCCCAUUUCUGGGGCACUUGUGGGAGUUCUUCCUGGGCGUGGCUGCCUGGAGUGGCCUGGCCUUUCGGGGAUGAGCCCCCCACUUCUAGAGACUUGACCUCCCCAGAACUGUAGGAGUGGAGAUGGCUUCAGGAGAGAGCUUGGCUCCCCGAGGGCCAGGUGUGGUGGGCUCCUUGCCUCCCUCCGCCGCUUCCUCUUGUGCCUUCUUUUUGCGUGGCCCAGGGGGAUCAGGGAUCCUCACCCUCCUGAGGUCCAGCUGAGAGAAAACCAGCACGGCAGCUUUAAGGUGAGUGGGAGUCGCUGGCACACCCCCUCCACCCACCCACGUCUCUGUCCAGACCUGGCAGGACAGUUGCCAAGUGCUUGCGGCGGGGACUCUGGAAGUACAGGGCUGGGGGGUUUCCCUUCCCACAGUGCACUGAGCAGUCGAGGGGGCUGGGGGCG